GAACCAUUAAGAGCUAGUAUAUUGCUUAACUAUUCAGAGGCAAAUGUCUGAUCAAUUCAGAUAACAGCUCUUAACCAUUCAGACUCUGUAUAAUACUUAACCAUUCAGAGGCAAAUCUCUUAACCAUUCAGACAUCUGAACCAUUAAGAGGCUGAAACAAACAGUCUGAACCAUUAAGUGCUGAAUCAUUCAGACAUCUGAACCAUUAAGAGGCUGAAACAAAUAGCCCCUAAGUACUUGACCUCUUUAUAGCUAUCUUCUGCGAGAACGACAAAAAUACUUACCAUUUUUACCACAUAAAAAUACAUAAAAAACUCUUCAAAUCAUGUAACUAUUUGAUCAAAAAUAUAUCAAAAUGUGUAAUGUUUUAUGGUCGUUAGUGAAAGACCAAGAUGAGUUCGUCUUCGUCCUUAUAUUUGUUCUGAGUUCAUAUAAAAGAUGUAAAUUUUUCUUACAGUUUUUUGGCAAAGAGCAAUUUCUCAAAGCUCAUUAGGAUGGAAACAGACGAUCCUCACAAAAGCACAUCUUCUCCGGUAAACGACGGCGGCCUGGUAAUUUCAGCAACCGAUUCAAUCCAUUCGUUUCUCUCCGCUUCUACGAAGGACCCUGACCUCACUCAAGACCUGAGGGACAUCGCCGGCGCGCUCUCUCCCCGACCAUCCCUGCCCUACAGAGCUCUGCGAUCCAUCUGGAUCGGAUCGAACCCGUCUCGAAGACCCGAACUCGUCUCUCUCCUUUCCGGUUCGGGUUUCGUGUUCUCAAGCCCUAAGCCGAGAGAGAAGAGCGAGGAAUUGAAGGCUCGACUGAGGAAGCUGGCGGAGGCGUCUGAGAGGAAAGCAUAUGAGGAAUUGGUGAAGGACAUAACCCCCAAGAAGAAGGUGGAAGAGCCUUUCUCUUCUUACAAGGAUCAAUUGGGAUUUGGAUUACACGUUGUGCUUAUUAUGUUCACUGGGUUUUUGGUGGGAUACGCUGCAUUCACGGCUUUAUUUAGCCACAGUCCUGUCAUGAGUGCUGCUGGUGGUAUUCUUGGUCUGGUUGUCGGCAUGCUGGUUGAAACACUUCUUUUCAUUGUUAGAACUAGUAGUCUGGAUGGAAGAUCGAAAACCAUUUCCAAGGCAAAAAAGAAUCAGUAAAACCAUUGCAACACAAAAGAUGGUUUUCUGCCCCUUUUCUCCCUAGCAUUUUUGAAAAUUCUUGAUUGUAUGUAUUACUCUCUGUUAAUUGCAGAAUUUGCUCAAUGGCAAUGUUAUGAACUUGUUGCACAUUAACUAUAACGUGUGUUUGUUAUAUGAAUUAAACUGAAGGUACAUUAUACAUGCAUUAAAAAAGUUAUGUGCAUAUG